AUGCGAUUUAAUAAAUGUACCGCAACAGAUCAACAAAAACAAGAGGAAAAUAUCUUUAAAAAAUUCGAUUUUGAUAUUACGAAUGAUUCCGUUGUUGAUAGUAAUAAUAAACAAAUUUUAAUUGAUGCCUGUGAAACGACAUCAAAAAUUAUUGAUGAAAAAAUUCAAGAAUUAAAACAACAAACCGGACUUCUAUGUCGUGUAUUUCGUCGUGAAAGUGCGAAUAAAAAAAAUCAUAUUAAUCCAAAAACAGCAUUACCAAAUGAUUAUCAAACAAUGCCACCAUUAUCAAUAGAAAUGAAUUCGAAUUUAGAUAUAAAAUCACCAAAAUUAUCUUCAACAGAAUAUACAUAUACAGAGAGGGUAAAAACAUCGGGUAGUGGAAAAGAAAUUUUAGAAGAAAAAUGUUUAUUAAAACGCUCAAGUUGGAAUAAUGAUGAGACAUCAAAAAUAUUUCUACCACCAACAGGAAAUUCAAAACGAUAUAAACCAAAAUUGAUGAUGACUACCAAUAAUAGACAUCAUGAUUAUCAUAAACAACAAGAAACUCGGCCAACACGAUCACGUAGUUGGUAUGAGGAAACAUUUGAACGUCCAUCAAUGAUUACUGCAAGUAAAAAGAAGAAUUACUCAGUCAUACCAAAUUCUAAUACAAAAAAAGGUAAUCUUUUUCUUAUGACACUCGAUAAAAAUAAUGUUCCACAUCAAUCACCAUCUUCGUCAUCUAUUGAUACCUUAAGAAGUUCUUGUUCAACAAUUAAAACACGAAAUUCAUCAUUAGACAAUAGUGAUUUUAUCAGUGAUUCACCAGAUCUGUCAUCUUCAUCUAUUAUUACAAAUACAAAUACCGAUUUACGUAAUGAUACUAUUAAACAUUUAACAACACGACGUUCAUUAUCAACAUCGAAUAGUCAUCGUCCAGAACAACGAUACAUUGAUUUACCAAAAAAUUUGAUUAAAUCAACUCAUUCUAGACGACAACCAUCACAGCAAGAACAAUUUGAUUUAAAAAGAGAUUCAUUAUUAUUGCAACAAAAUUCAAAUGAUUAUCAUCAAAAACGAUCAAGAUCAUAUUACAGUAAGAAUGAUGAUGAUGAUGGUGGUGGUGGUGAACAGUUUAUCAUAUCAGAUCAACAACAAAACAGAAAAGGUCAUGAACAACAAUCAUCAUCAUCCUUAAAUCAAUAUACUAAUAGAAUAAUGAGUAUACCGAAAGUGUUGUCACCGACGUCUAAUCACCAUCCUCAAACAAUAAAUUCAUCGUCAAUGUUGUCUCAAAUUUCUUCUCCUCUAUCCGAUUUAAUCGUUGGAGAAAAAAGAAAUUUUGUUCCAGGAUUAAAUACAACACAUCAAACAGAAUCCACACAUCUUAAAGAUUUGGUUGACACAUCAAAAAGUACAACAAUAGCACCACCACUACUAUCAAAUAAAAUAAAACAGUUAACGGGUGAUGAAUCCAUAUCCCGAAAAAAAACUGUUCAUUUUGAUGGUCAUUUAACAACAGAAAUUCAACCAUUGCCUUAUUCUUUUCAUUCAAAAAUAUCAGAAAAUAAAAAAUCAUGUCGAAAAAUGAUUGAAAAAUCACCAUUAUCUCCCGUUCAAACGGUCAAGGAUGAUGAUGACGAUGUUUUUGUCGAUGUUUUACAAUAUAAAAUUAAUCAUGAUGAUGAGAAAGUUUACAAAAAUGAAAAGGUAUCAUCAAAUAAUAUUAUUGCAGGACUAUCACAACCAUCAUCAUUGAACAAUAUUGAAAAAACGAACAAAUUUUUUGUUUCUUUUUCUUCUCCUUCUCCUUCUUCUUCUUCUUCAACAUUAAAACAAAAAGAAAAGAAUAAUAUCAUUUUGACAGAAGGAGUCGUUGAAAACGAAAUAACGUCGGCCGCCGUAUCAACACCACCAAUAACGAUGACCACUAAUAACAGUUCUUUUUUUUCUUCUUCUUCGUUCUUUCCUAUUCUUAGUUCAACAACAUUAUCGUCGACUACACAACAACGACAAAAAGGGAAAGAUGUUGAUGAACAAAAAAAUAAUAAUGUUGUCAAUGAUGUUUAUCUAAAACGAUUUCCAUCUUAUGAUAGUUAUGAUGUUAAUUGUCGAUUAAAGUCUAAACAUCAGCAUUUAUUCGAUCAAAAAACAUCUAACAGCAGCAAUAGUUAUCGAGAACAACCAAAUGAUCAAAUUAAGUCGUCUUCUAUACAAAUUCAACAGCCUAUUGCACAUCAUCUUAAUGUUAACAUGUCGUCUAAUAAUUUACUAUUAAAAAAAAAUAGUACUUCUUUGAGUGGUGUUAAUAUAACAGAUAUAUCAUCGCAACAAAAACCAUCAAUAUCCUCUUCUCGAUCAAAACGUUUACUCGGUUUACUUGGUUUUCCUAUCACUACAACAACGACAAAAUAUGACACUAGUGGAGUUACCGCCGUCACAACAGAUCCAGAUAGUGGUGAAAAUAGAAAGGACAAUGUUGAUAUGUCGUCAUCGAAAAAGAAAAAUGGAAUUGACAUUGAUAAUAAUGAAAUACGACAGCAGCAACAGAAUAAUAACAAGGACAGUAAAUUUCAUCUUAAACGUACAUCGUCGGCACAAUUACGUGCACAACGUAAUAAAGCAAAAGGAGUAACAAAACGUCUUAGUGCUGAUGAGACGAUUGUAAAUCCUUCAGAAAUGGGAAAUAAUAGUGUAGUGGCAACACAAAAUGAAAAUAAAAAUUUAGUUUCAAUGACAAUACAUUCAAAUCAAACAAAUGAUAUGAAAACAAAAUUAGUACCAUCACAAACGAAUGGACAAACCAUAACAAAUGACAAAUCUCAUGGAAUAGGAAAUGAAAUGUCAAUGUCGUCUCAGAAUGGACCCGGUGUAGCAAAUGAAUUAUUCAAGUAUCUUAACGAUGGUUCUCUAAGUAGUCUCUUAUUUCGUCCGGUGGAAGUAGUGGAAGAGCGUGAGAAUGGCAACGAUAUGACGAUAAUUGAUCCAAAGACCGACUAUGUAUUACAUAACAACAAUACUGAACCACAAGCUUUUUUUUUGUCAUCAUUAACUGCUGCAUUAUUACCUAAUUCUACUACUAAAGACAUCGAAAAAGUAAGAAAUGAUGUGUAUAAUAAACAUUCGUUUGAUCUAACAACAUCUUUAUCAUCACCGUUGUCCCCGUCUGCGAACAUCAAUAGAGUUAAUCAGGAAGAAUCAAAUGGUAUUGAUAGUUUAACUAGUUACAAUCAUUAUUAUCUUUAUCCUAACAUUUACUAUCAUCAACAACAUCUGCCUAAUAAUAAAACGACAAAAGCAAAUACAAACAACCAUGCAAUCGGUAACGGCAGUAUAAACAGUAUGAGUACAACCAGCAACAGUUCAUCAUUGACUAGUAGUACAAAUGUUAAUCAUUUAAACGUUUUCUCAACUAGUCCAAUAAUAAAGCAACACAACACUAAUGAUACUAUGCAUAAAAUUGUUGAACAAGGAACAGGAGGGAUCAAACAGAAUGAAGAACAAGAAAAAGAGGAAAAAGAAAAGGCUGACGAUGAUGAAGAAUCAAUGUCAGUAAUUCCGAUUAAAAAAUCUGUUUUGACCUUAAACAACGCACUUACAAUUUCAAACUCAACAAAUAGUCGACAGAAGAAAGCUGUCAAUGCAGCAUUAAUUGGUUGGAAAAUAAAAUCAUCAUCGUUCGACGGACAACAACACGAUACACAUAAUGAAUCUAGUAUAAAAUCACUACCAAUCAUGUUUAAUAAUUCCUCACUAAACGAAAAUAAUGAAAAGGGAAAUAAAGGUAUGACUAUUGAACCGGGCAUUGUUCUUUCUGAUACCGUUCAAGCAUUUUGGCAUCCGCCAGUAGCCGCCAAUGAGGAUGAAAAACACAAAAAUGAAUUAAUUGAACAGUGUUUACCAGAGAAUACAAACUAUAGUAAGGACGACUUGAUAGCAACAACAUCGUUUGUAAAUGAAAAUGUGACAACAUCUGCUCCAUUUCAAACAACCAUCAUCAGUUCUUCAGUAUCCACCAACAACGUAAACAAUGGUUGGUCAUCAUCUUCUAAUGGGUCUCAUAAUGAUUGGACAGAUCAAAACAAUCAUCAUUCCAAUAUAAACCUAACAAAUGAUAAUAGUUUUGAUGGCACUGAACAUUCAUAUAUAAAUAUUAAUAGCAAUGAUGAUUUUGUUAAUAAUAAUACUAAAACAUGUUCAAAAUCGAAGGAUAAUCAUCAAGAAGAUGGAGAUGGACAUUCUUGUAUGAAAUCCCAAACAAAAGAAGCUAGUUUAAACACAGCAACUGUAUAUGAAAAAAAUCGUGUUAAUCGUAUUGCACAAUCGUUUAGUAACGGAUAUACGGCGAAUAAUUUUCGAAAUGGUUUUGUCAUAAAUAGAUCAUUUUCAUCAAAAUCCAAUUCACCAUCAUUAGAAGGUAUUAAUAAUAAUACGGACGAAGAACAACAAUAUAAAGAACGUUUACGAGAAAAAUCUCGAUCGAUAAAACAAACGUUACUCGAUAAUCAUAAUUUAUUAACAUCUCAACACCCACCUCCAUCAAAUAACAUGAAUAAAUUUUCAAAUUAUUAUGUUCAAAGUAAUGAUGAUCGAAUUUUGUAUGAUAAUACAUCAAAAAAUUCACAAUCAAAUAAUAACUAUUAUCUUGUUCGUUCAUUAUCAAAAGAUGCUUUAGAUGAUACAACAAAUUCUUAUGAUUAUAAAAACACUUAUAAUGAUUAUGAUAAUACAACAUCCUAUUCUCAAUUAUUAUCACCAUUAUCAACAACCAGAAGCAUUCCAGUCAGUCAUUUUUCAACAUCAUUUUCGCCAAAUGCUCAUGUAACUAUUACAGACUUUCCAUCAGCAUCACUAACAACGUCAGACAUCGAACAUUAUCCUUCACAACAGAAACAAAGUAGUAUAUAUAUUAAACGUCCAAAAUCAGCGUCAACAGUCACCGCUUAUCGUCAACCGGUGAUUGUUACUAGUCGUACAACAUUACACACUGAUAAUAACAACGAAAAACAGUUAAAAGUUCAUCAGAAAGAUGAUUGUUGUUCAUCGUCAUCGGAUAAAACAAUGACAAUGAAACAUUCAAUAUCCAUGCCAUCAAAUAAGAUGAUGAAUAUAUCAAUUAAUAAUGAAAAUCAUGAAAAUCAUAUUUCUCCAGGUGUUAUUUCAUCGAAUUCAACGUCACUAUCAUUAGCUUCGCCAACAAAUUCGACUAUUGUCUAUUAUGCAAAAACAAGGAAACCAUCACCACCACCACCACCUCCAAUUACAACAACCACAUCCACUUCAUCAAAUGACAAUCAUCAUCAGUCAUCAAUCGAACGAGUACCAAGUGAUUUUCAAUUAAAAAGACAAUUUUUUGAAAAUCGUAUUUAUGCUGAAUAUAAUACGACAACGGCAACAACAGCAACAACAAAUUCAAACACAAAUAAUAAUAACUGUAAUAGUCUAUUGUCACCAAGCAAUAGUAUAUCGCCCGUAUCAUCAUCUCUCUCAUCGUCAUCGUCACUAUCAAAUAAAAAUUCUAGUCCGACAACAACGAAUACAAAUGGAACAACAAGAACUUUAUUAGUAAACACAGGCCAGGUUUAUGAAAAUAAUAAUAACACAUUCGUUAAUGGUAACGGUACGCAUUCCAAUAAGAAAAAAUUAGAUAAUCAAGCGUUAAACGAUGCAUCAAAGCAACUGUCAAAUCAACGAAAUGUAUCAAGACGUUCAUGGAAUGAUUUAUCCUCCCAACAACAAUCAGUACGCUCAACUGUUCAACAAUCCGACAAUAAAAUUAUCGAUGCAUUUAGUAAUAAUGACGAAUCUCCAAACACAAUGAAUUUAAAUGGUGAUGCUCUCUCAUUCGGAACAACUCCUCCUUUACCGCCACCUGUUCUUCGAAAGCCAAUUCGAAUUGUUAAAACUGUGAAUAGUACAACAACAACAACUACUACUAGUAGUAGUAAUAAUAAUAAUAAGAAUUGGAAUACUGAUUUGUUAACAACUUCUAUGAUUAGCGAUUCAAAACUACAACACCAACAAAAUGGUAACCAAAAUUUAAAUUUACUUAAAACAACAACGACUAGUCGACCAUUAGCCGUAUCGAAAACAUAUUCAUUGGCUAAAACGGGUUUAUUUUCUGCCACGCCGUUUAAUACAUCAUCAAUGACAUCAAAAUUAAAUGAAAAUUAUCAUAAAACUACAAAUGGUAUGCCAGAAACUACCAACGCUAAUAACAUCAACGAUGAUACACCGAAAUUAAAUGUCGAUAUGAAACAACAACAUGGAAAAAAUGACAACAAAGAAAUUCUAUCGUCAUCAUCAAAUCAUGUGCAUACACCAUUGAGACGUUAUAAAUCACGCGAAGAAUAUGAAUUUGAAACAAAUCUAAAAGCAUAUGCCAGUCGUCAUCCAAAUAAUAAACAAUUAUAUAACUUAGCUCUAUCACCAACUGAUCAUCGAUUAAGCACAGAUUAUACACGAAAUUUAUUUCCUAUGCCAGACAGAAUGAGGCGAUUAAGAUCGAGAUUCAACUCAGGAGAAAGAUUGGACAGCAUUAGUAUUCAGUCUUAUUCACCUGAUUAUUUACAACGAACAGUAUUUAGUGACAGUAUCGAUUCAAGUAAUAUUCAAGCAGAAGAACUUAUCCUCAGUUUACAACGUCGAUUACAAACUUUAAAAGAGAAUCGACGUGAAAUAACAAAUGAAACGGAAGAAAAUAUACUAUUAGGCAAUAGGUUAAUUGGUAUUGUUGAAAAGUCGGCACAAGCGAGUGAAGUAGAAAAAUUCAAAUUACAUAUUAAUGAAAUCGAUACAAUAACAAAUCUUUUAUUGAAACUAAGUAGUCGUUUAGCUAAAGUCGAGAAUGAUAUUCAAUGUUUACAAGAAAAUAUAGACGAAAGAACUAAGAAUUGUUUAAUUGAACGUCGAGAUGAAAUGCAAUUGAAAUAUGAUGAAGCAAGAACAUUAAAGGAUGGCAUUGAUCGUCGAAGUCGUCUAGUAUGCGAUAUAUUACGAAAAUAUUUAAAUGAUGAACAAUAUGCUGAUUAUGAUUAUUAUAUUAAAAUGAAAUCAACUUUACACAUGGAUCUGAAAGAUAUUGAAGAACAAAUACAAUUAAUUGAAAAACAAAUACAAUUACUAAAUUUAUCACUAACAAUUAAAACAAGUCCACUAACUCCUUCAUUAGUUUUUGAAGGUGUUAGUGAUAGUUUGACAUCAUCAACUUCUCCACCAACGACUACUAACAUGUUACCAACAUAUUUUAAAACAAUUUCAACAUCAGCUUAG